AUGGUACCUGCAUACGCAGUAAAAAGGAGUACAGUGGUUCCUACCAGAUUAUUGCAUAACAGCAGGGUUAUAUUACAAAAAGACGAAAAGAAGCAAACACCUAAAUCAAUCCUAGAUGAUGAUAUGCUUGCAAGAGCUGGUGUAGAGAUAGAGGCUGACGAGUUAGCCAAGAAGGGGAAGCAAGGCCAAGAAGGGAAGAACGCAGAGUCAGAAGAAGCCGCUGCUGAUGAAGAGCAAGCCAAAGAAGAAAAGGGUUCUGGUAAGAAGAGAAGAAGUAGAAAAUCAUCCACAGACAUUAAGCGUGAACGUUACGCAAACUGGUUCUACAUUCUCUCAGGGCUUGGUCUUGCAGGUGGUGCUCUAUCCAUGGCACGUAACUGGGAUGACGACGAGUCCGAAGAAUUGAAGGCUGAAAUUCCAAACGGCUAUACCCCAGAUUUGAUGUACAGGAGAUUGAAGAGACGUUGGGAUUCGAUAUUCACUUUCUUCCAAGAACCUCCAUUCCCAGAUUUACUCCCACCUCCACCUCCACCACCAUACCAAAGACCAUUGACCCUUGUCCUUUCUUUGGAGGAUUUGUUGGUUCACUCUGAAUGGACUCAACAAACAGGCUGGAGAACUGCGAAGAGACCUGGUGUAGACUACUUCUUGGGUUACCUAUCCCAAUAUUACGAGAUUGUGUUGUUUUCUUCCAACUAUAUGAUGUAUUCCGAAAAGAUUGCUGAAAAACUUGAUCCUAUCCAUGCCUUUAUUACCUACAACCUUUUCAAAGAGCAUUGUUUGUACAAAGAUGGUGUUCACAUCAAGGAUUUGUCGAAGCUAAACAGAGAUUUGGGUAAAGUUUUGAUCAUCGAUACCGACGAAAACUCCUUCAAGCUACAGCCAGAAAAUGCAAUUUACAUGGAACCAUGGGACGGUAAGGCUGAUGACAAGUUGUUGAGAUUGAUUCCAUUCUUGGAAUACUUGGCUACCCAACAAGUGAGCGACGUGAGACCAAUAUUGAAGUCCUUCCCAGAUAACAAGACCAUCCCAGAAGUUUUCGAUCAACGUGUCCAGAAGUUAAGAGAAAAGUUCGAGCGUGAAGAAAAGAACCAAAACAACUGGGUCAUGAGACUAUCGGGUGCCGGUCUUACCGGAGUCAAACCCAAAUUCCCACUCGACAUGAUCAGAGAAGAAGGUGAGAAGAACUAUGUCAGAUUCAUGAAGCUCGUCGAAGAAGAAAAGGAAAAAAUAAAACUACAGCAAGAGGCUAUGGGCCAACAAACUUUCACCUUGAAGGACUACGUUGAAGGUAACAUCCCUACCCCAGAGGAACAGAUGAAGCUACAAAUGGAAAAACAAAAGGAAAUCGAGGCUCAGUUCGAACAACGGAAGAAGUUGAAGGCUCAAGAGCAAAACAUUGACCAAGGAAAAUAA